GACUCAAUAAAGUCCUUGACAACCAAAAAAAGAGCUCAGAAAACCUCCUCUUUUCAACCCCUAAUCAUUCCCUUAUAUCUAGAAAUCUUCGUGUACUUCUAGCUUAAGUCCAUGGCUACAUUGUACUUUGUUCUCGGUGAGAACUAAGGAGUAUUUUGGUUAUUUUAAGUGAAAAUUGAGUAAAGGUUCCAGUUCUUGCUUCAUUUGUGGUGAAAAACAACCAGAACAUGAGCCACGCAGCUCCCGGCCAACUGGCGGCCUAUAACAGCCUUCAAGACAAACACCUGUCAGGAUACUUUAAUAAUGGCCAUAUGAAAAAACACCUUGUUAAAUCAGGAUUGAUAACCAAAAAAGGAAAAAUUAUAGAUGAGAAGACCUACAGACUGAACAUGGCUAAGAAAGAACACAGAAAGCAUGUUAGAGAUCUUCUAGCAACAGCUAUUAUACACAAAGCGCUUGACAUGGAGAGGACAAGACAGUAUGAAAUAAGAAAGAGACUGGAUGAAGUUUAUAAAGUUGAGCUUGUUAGAAGAGUCAAGGAGGACAGGAAAAAGAAAGGGGAUGAAGACAUCCUACCAUUGUUGACUCCCCGUGAGAGGUCUGCCAGGAGAAGGAAACAUGUUCGACCAGCAACUGCACCUGCAGGGCUGAACGGAACUGCACAGCCAUCAGAAAUACACUAUGAUGAUAAUACUGGAAGACUUUGCUACACGAUUGAAGGCCAGGAGACAGCUAUGAACACUUAUUUGAAAGAUGAUGAAGAUCCCAAUGGAUCCCCUUACACUAGAGCUUACCCUGGAACAUAUCCUGUCCCUGCCCCUCCCCCUGCAGGGACGCCACGUAGACCGAGACCAAAUAGUUCAACUUUGGCAAGAAAGAGAACGAGGCCUGUCAGAUUCCAUUAUUUAGCCAGGACAGAACCAGCAGUGGCUCACAGAGUACAGCUGCAGUCCAUGGCUGAAGUGACAAUGAAGUUCCUCGGCCCCAGCCUAAUGCUAACCAACAGCCUGUUCCCUGAAGAUCGUUUAAGUGAAGUGAUGGUUCUACAGCAGCACUGUGGAGGGAGUACCCUGUGUGUCUUUAGAGAGUUGUUACCACCCAAUACUAUCUUCACGUUUGUUUCUCGUCGUCAUCGAGGCGCACCGUUUGGCCUGACAUUUUACAUCGAUUCUUUACAAGACAUUCGACUCAGUUCCUGCUGCGAGUAUAAACACAAGCCUGGACAUAUCCUGGGCGGACGAAAUGGUCAUUUCCAGUUUGUACAAGUUGAAGGUGCUGCUCCAUGUUACAGGUGCCAGAUUGCUUCAGGUGUGCGUGAUCACAGGUCUAAGGACAGCAGCGAACAAGGCGAGGAGAAAGAAAAUAGAUCAAAGACCUUCCUCACGCAGGACGAGUCCAACCAAUCAAGAGAGUCGUUUGACGUUAUCAUUACUAAAGUAGAUCCAUCUGAGAAUGAAAGCCAAGCAGGUAUUCAGCGAAUAACGGUAGAAACAACUCCAAGUGGUUAUAAGAUGAUUAUACCUCAUUCUGCAGAAAAAGUCGAUGGUUCUACUCAGACUCCACGUGACGAAAAGGAAGAUACAGAGACAAGUAAUGUAGAAGACGAAGAGAAGAAAAACAAUAGUGAUGUGUCCUCAGCUGAAGAGAAAGAGGAGGAGGAUGAAGAACAAGAAGAUAAACAAGAUUUCGAAGACGAAGAUAAAAACGAAGAGAAAAGUGUAAAAGACAGCGAGGACGAAAAACCAGAAGACGAAAAAGAAGACUCUGACAAAGAAGACGAGUCUAAAACAAAUGAAUACAAGGAUGACUAUAAGGAUGACUUUGAUUCUGAUAAAAAGGAAUCAGACAAAGAAUCUGAUGAUGAAACUAAACCUGACGAUAGUGAUGCUGAAGACGUACAUGACGAGACAGAGAAAAAAGAUGACGUCAUGGAAGAAGAUAAAGAGGAGGAAGAGGAGGUUGAAGAUGAGACGGAAGAGAAAAAGAAGGAAGAGCAGGAAAAACAAGAGGACAACGAUUCCGUCCAUGAUUCAGAUUCCGACAUGAAACCCUCGAGGACUGUCUCGUUUGACGAGGAUGUAAAGAUAAUCACUGUGAACGAAGAUACCGAGGCUAAUGUUGAAGAUGAAGUAGAAGAACAAGACAACAAGGCUAGCGAACAGGAUAAACCAGAAGAUAUUCCUGAAGUUCCAGAAGAUGACACUGACACAGCAAUAACACCAUCAAAGGAACCGGAAGUUGAUGAUCGCCCAGACGAGACAAAAACCGCUUAUAAGGAAGCGGAACCGGAAGUGGAUGAUAGUUCUAAGGAUGUAAAAGCGGAACCGGAAGUCGAUGGUAGCUCUGAUGAUGAGCCAAAGAAGGAAUCAGAAGAACCAACAACGACAGCUGCUGAAAACGAAGAAGAUGAAAAGGAUGGGGAAGUGGAUGAGAAAGAAAACCAUAGAAAUGAAAUACAAGUUGAAAAAAUAGAAAAUGAGAUUGAAACUGAAAAGAAAACCGAAGAGGAGCCUGAGAAAGAAACUAAAAAGGAAAUACCGGAAGAAAGUCAAAGCGACGACAAAGGUGACACAGGAAAGGAUGAAGUAAAGGACGCCCCUGUGGAAGAUUCUGUUGAUGAUCCUAGUGUAAAACCUGAUGACAGCUUGGAAGUUGUGUCUCCAGAACCAAUAGAGAUUGACAGCAGUAGCGAUAGUAGCAGCAGCAGCAGCAGCAGCAGCAGCGACAGUGAUAGUGAUGACGAGAAAGAAGAUGGUGUCGACGAGCCAGACCACGAUCCCGGUAAAGACCCUGAUCUCGUAGCAGAAAAAUUACCUGAGCAGGCCUUGAAGGUGAUCGGUGUAACGCCUGGACCCAAACAUGAAGGAUCCAUUCAACCAUUGGUAGAAGACAAGAAAGACAUUGAGUUGACUAGUUUGGUGCUUGACUCUGAACAGGUGGAUGAGUUGGCUGGUAUUAUCGAGAAAAAGGAAGACGUGGGCUCCAUAACGUUGCGUAACACACAAAUCAAUGAUGAAUCUGUAGAGAAACUAGUUGAAGUCCUCAAAAAGUCUUCUAGUAUCAAGAUGUUAAAUCUAAACGUAAACCGGGUUGGACCACAGGGAGCCCAGCAUAUUGCUGACCUUAUCAGAGAAAGCAAGUCUCUUCGAAUGCUCUUGCUUCAUGGCAACCCUCUACAAGAUGAAGGCGUCCACCAUAUCCUAGAUGCAAUCAUCAACACCAAAGACACCGCACUGAAUAACCUUGAUCUAGGUGAUUGCAAGAUGAAAGACGACGGAGCAAAAGACGUAGCGCGCUUAUUGAUCCAUAACAAAACUAUAACAGAUCUGACGAUUAGUGGAAACAGCAUUGGGCUGAGCGGAUGGAGAAUCAUUAGCAGCGCUCUUGAGCAAAACAGUACACUCAAGUCACUCUCUCUUGACUUCAGCAGUCUUGGAGAUGACGAAUCUGUUAUCCUUGCUGAAGGAAUCAAGGAAAACAAAGGACUUCGGUUCCUGGAUUUGGAAGGCAACAGGAUAGGAGACGAAGGUGGUAAAAGCUUAUUAGAAGCUGUGAAGGUCAACCCUACUAUAGUGGAUUUGACUCUGAUGCCUAUGAAUGAAAUAUCUAAGGAUAUUUGUGAUGAAAUCAAGGGGAUUCUUGAAGAACGAUCGAAGAGUCGAGUAAGCUCUGCAUCUAGCUCGAUUGGUAGUCUGUUAUCAAGAAACAGCCCUCCUAGACCAUUCAAAGAUGAAGCUGGAGAUGACUCCGAAGCAGGAUGGCCACGAAUCGAAUCUUUAACUGAGGACACCAAGAAAAAAGAUGAAGUUGAAACGUCUAAGGAAAAUGAAGUGUCCUCCCCGUCUGUAGAUAAUGAAAACAAAAUGGAAGAUUCUAUUGAAGGUGCUCGUGGUGAUGAAGACUCCGCUUUCAACGAGACAGAAAACGAAGAAACGACAUCAGAAGAAAAUAAGGCGCAAAAUGACAAGGUGGAGAGCCCAUCCGAAGAUAGAAAAGAAACUGUAGAUAAUUCAAAUGCUGAUCAAAAUUCCUAACAAGAGAAAAAUGUGAUUAUGAGAAUUGCUUUAUUUCUAGAUAUUUUCGUUAAAUGUUUUACGAAUAUAAUUCUGCACUAUUUCUGACUUUUAACUGGAAUCACGAUUAUUUAUGGAUUUUUUAUCCACAAAUUCAGUGUUUGACAAUGGAGCUUUAAAGUUGACGCCUUUCUUGAGAAAAAAUUGCUUCCGGGGGCAUGUAUAAAUGCAUGUUCUUUAAUGAUGUUUCUUUCAAUUUUGGUCGCAAAUCUGGCUGCACAUAGUAUGGAGCUCGAAUUCAAAUUUCUGGAAUAGAUCUCAAUAAGCCUAUUUACCGAGAAAUAUGUCAUAGCUAAGAGCUUGAUAGUGUUCAAAUUAAGUAGUUCAAAUAGUUUUCAAAUUGAAAAAAUGCAUUCUAUACAAGUGAAAUUUUGGUGAAACAAAUUAAAGGUACAAGCUGAGCGGUGAACGUUGCGCGCAAACCACGAGCGGACUAAAUGACAGGCCAUAAGCAUUUUUGGAGCUUUGAAGCCAUAUUUCUGCUUCUUGUAGGAAAAGAAAAAAGAAGAAAACAAAAAGAUACGCCUAUAAGGGAUGGGGGCAAAACAGCCAAAAGAGCCGUGAUUGGCUAAAACAAAAUUCACCGCUCAGCUAGUAGUGAUUGCGGAUGAUAUAUACGUGUAUAUAUCUACCUUUGGUUUUUUGGUUGUAAAGAUGAAUGAAUAGAAAAUGAAACAACUUUGAUUUUA